AUGAUGUCAGAACAGGACCUGGCGGACGUGGUUCAGAUUGCUGUCGAAGACCUGAGUCCUGAUCACCCGGUUGUCUUGGAGAAUCAUGUAGUGACAGAUGAAGACGAACCUGCUUUGAAGCGCCAGCGUCUAGACAUCAAUUGCCAGGACCCCUCCAUAAAGUCCUUCCUGUACUCCAUCAACCAGACCAUCUGCCUGCGCUUGGACAGCAUUGAAGCCAAGCUGCAGGCCCUCGAGGCCACGUGCAAGUCGCUGGAGGAGAAGCUGGACCUGGUCACCAACAAGCAGCACAGUCCCAUCCAGGUGCCUAUGGUGGCCGGCUCCCCACUCGGGGCCACCCAGACCUGCAACAAAGUGCGAUGCGUCGUCCCCCAGACCACAGUCAUACUCAACAGUGACCGGCAGAGCGCCGUUGUAGCCAAGAUGGACGACCCCCCGAGCGACAGGGCACCGACUUCCCUGGAAAAUGUCAUUAGCAAUGCAGUGCCCGGGCGGCGGCAGAAUACCAUUGUGGUGAAGGUGCCUGGCCAAGAGGACAGCCACAACGAAGAUGGGGAGAGUGGGUCCGAGGCCAGCGACUCUGUGUCCAACUGCGGGCAGUCAGGCAGUCAGAGCAUCGGCCACAACGUCACUCUGAUCACCUUGAACUCCGAAGAGGACUACCCCAAUGGAACCUGGCUGGGCGACGAGAACAACCCCGAGAUGCGGGUGCGCUGCGCCAUCAUCCCGUCGGACAUGCUGCACAUCAGCACCAACUGCCGCACUGCCGAGAAGAUGGCGCUCACGCUGCUGGACUACCUCUUCCACCGCGAGGUGCAGGCUGUCUCCAACCUCUCGGGCCAGGGCAAGCAUGGCAAGAAGCAGCUUGACCCCCUCACCAUCUACGGCAUCCGGUGUCACCUGUUCUAUAAAUUUGGAAUCACGGAAUCGGACUGGUAUCGAAUCAAACAGAGCAUCGACUCCAAGUGCCGGACAGCCUGGCGGCGGAAGCAGCGAGGCCAGAGCCUGGCUGUCAAGAGCUUUUCCCGGAGAACCCCGUCCUCAUCGUCCUACAGCACUUCAGAGACGAUUCUGAGCACCCCACCGCCCACCACCGAGAUCCCGCAGCCCCAGCCGCAGGCCCUGCAUUACACCCUGGCCAACGCCCAGCAGGUCCAGAUCCACCAAAUUGGAGAAGAUGGACAAGUCCAAGUGAUCCCACAGGGCCACCUCCACAUCGCCCAGGUGCCUCAGGGGGAGCAGGUCCAGAUCACACAGGACAGCGAGGGCAACCUACAGAUACACCAUGUUGGACAGGACGGGCAGGUGCUGCAGGGUGCCCAGCUAAUUGCUGUGGCCUCGUCAGACCCCACAGCAGCAGGCGUUGACGGGUCACCUCUCCAGGGCAGUGACAUCCAGGUCCAGUAUGUCCAGCUGGCACCAGUGACUGACCACACCACCGCUGCACAGACGGCUGAGAGCCUGCAGCCCUCCAUGCAGCCUGAGAUGCAGCUGGAACACGGGGCCAUCCAGAUUCAGUGA